GGUCGGUGAGAAUUGGCCUAAGUUUUUCCCACGACCAGCCUUAUCCCCUUUCGUCUCCCGCUGCCCCCGGCCUCGCGCUCUACGGCGCGCCAUGGCCAUGCCCUCCACUUCUUCCUCCUCGCGUCCGCCUAUCCUGCACCCCGCCUCCAAAACCCCGAACACUCCACGCCUGCUGCCCCUCGUCUCCAGGGCUGCUGCCCCUCGCCCGCUGCUUCUCUCCUUCGCUCCUCCCGCGCCCGGUCGCGGGCUCCGGACCGCUGCCGCCCAACAACCCGCCUAUGAAAAUGGAGAGGAGGAAGAAGAAGGGGUGGAGGAUGAUGAGUAUUACAGCGACGAGGAGGAAGAAGAGGAGUUGGACGUGGAGGCGAUGGAGGAAGAGGCGCGGCGCGCCGCCGCCGACCUCGCCGCGCGGCUCGACCGGGAGCUACGCGUCGAUGGUGAUGUUCGGGAGAAAAGAAGAACCAUGAGGGAUAAGACAUCAACAUCUAAACAUAUCCCAGACAGUAAGCUUCCAAAGGUGGCUGUUAUUGGUAGACCUAAUGUGGGUAAAUCUGCACUAUUCAAUCGGCUUGUCGGGGGCAAUAGGGCUAUCGUUGUUGAUGAACCUGGUGUAACAAGGGAUCGUUUGUAUGGACGAUCUUAUUGGGGUGAUCAAGAGUUUAUGGUUAUUGAUACUGGGGGUGUGAUUACUCUAUCGAAGUCUCAAGCAGGUGUAAUGGAAGAACUUGCAAUCACAACUACUGUUGGUAUGGAUGGGAUUCCAAUGGCCUCUCGAGAAGCUGCUAUUGCUAGGAUGCCAUCUAUGAUUGAGAAGCAAGCUGUUGCUGCCGUUGAAGAAGCAGCUGUCCUUCUUUUCCUUGUGGAUGGUCAGGCUGGUCUUGUGGCAGCUGAUAUAGAAAUUGCUGAUUGGUUACGUCGCAACUUCUCACACAAGUGCAUCAUACUGGCUGUAAACAAGUGUGAAUCGCCACGGAAAGGGCAAAUGCAAGCAUUAGAAUUUUGGUCAUUAGGGUUUACACCUUUACCAAUAUCUGCUAUCACCGGCACUGGAACUGGAGAGCUCCUGGAUAUGGUCUGUUCGGAACUGAAAAAGUUCGAGGGACUAGAAGGAUUGGAUGAUGUUGAAGAAGACGAAAACCGCGUUCCUGCUAUUUCUAUUGUUGGAAGACCAAAUGUUGGGAAAAGUAGCAUUCUAAAUGCUUUGGUUGGAGAAGAUAGAACUAUUGUGAGCCCAGUUAGUGGUACCACCCGUGAUGCCAUUGAUACUGAGUUAACCACAGUGGAUGGGCAGAAAUACAAACUCAUCGAUACGGCUGGCAUCCGACGGAGAGCAGCAGUUGCUUCUGCUGGCAGCACAACUGAAACACUUUCAGUAAAACGUGCAUUUAGUGCAAUUCGUCGAUCUGAUGUAGUUGCCCUUGUUAUUGAAGCGAUGGCCUGCGUCUCGGAGCAGGAUUAUAAAAUUGCAGAAAGGAUUGAGAAAGAGGGAAAGGCAUGUGUCAUUGUUGUGAACAAAUGGGACACAAUCCCAAACAAGAACAAUGAGAGUACUACACAUUAUGAACAGGAUGUAAGAGAGAAGCUUCGUGUACUUGACUGGGCACCUAUUGUUUACUGUUCUGCGAUAAAUGGGAACAGCGUUGAAAAGAUCAUUUCUGCUGCUUCUUUGGUUGAAAAGGAAAGGUCUAGAAGACUUGGCACCUCUAUUCUUAACCAAGUGGUUAGAGAAGCUGUAGCAUUCAAAGCACCACCACGAACAAGAGGUGGCAAAAGAGGCCGUGUUUAUUACACAACACAGGCUGCUGUUCGUCCACCAACGUUUGUUCUCUUCGUUAAUGACGCAAAACUCUUCCCUGAGCCGUAUCGGCGGUACAUGCACAAGCAGCUCCGGUCUGACGCCGGAUUCCCGGGCACGCCUAUUCGCCUACUGUGGCGUAGCAGGAAGCGGACUGAUAGGCAACAGAGGAGAUCAAAUACGGAGGCUCGUGGUGCGCUUGUAGCGGCGAGUUAGCAUGUGAAGCAUGUUGCUACGUUCGGAAAGAAAAGGAAAAUGUGGCGAGUUGGCAGUAUCACGGCAUCCCUUUUCCUCCUUGUUCACGCGCUUUUCCUGGCUGCGAACGUGUGGCUAUCAAUGCGCCAAUGAGGUUCAUAUUAUUCAAAUGAAAAGGGUUUUGUUUUUCUUCUUAGUCCUCAAGUACUGCCAAAGUUGAAGUAUGGUCACUAUACUCUAAUACUAUAACUUUUUGGUCUCUCAAAUGCUAGAACGUAUACAAUUUGAUCUUUUUGCUGCACUGAGUGGUUUUAAGAAGAGUGAA